AUGAAGCACACCGUGGACUUCAAGAACAAAGGGUUCAAGCCGAAUACAAGGGGGGAUUCCGUGCAGGAUUCUUUCACCACGCUGGAAGAGCUUCUUACGAAGCUGCCUGAUUCAAUCAGCUUCAAUAUCGAGAUUAAGUAUCCCCGCCUUCAUGAAGCUGUUGAGGCUGGCGUAGGACCAAUCGCCAUCGAGAUCAACACCUUCAUCGAUCGAAUACUUGCCCAGAUUUUCCAUGUCAGCAGUGGAAGGGCCAUUAUACUCUCCUCAUUUUCACCUGAGAUUUGUAUUCUUCUAGCAAGUAAGCAGGAUACAUAUCCUGUCCUGUUUAUCACCAACGCCGGCAAACUACCGAUGUCGGACAUGGAAAUGAGGGCUAGUAGUCUACAAGCUGCGGUCCGUUUCUCGAAGCGAUGGAACUUGGCCGGUAUUGUCUUCGCUUCCGAGACAUUGAUCCUGUGCCCGAGACUGGUGGGCUAUGUUAAAAGAUCAGGUUUGGUCUGCGGGUCUUACGGCUCUUUAAACAACGUCCCGGAGAAUGCCAAAGUACAACAAAUAGCUGGUCUUCAGAUUCUCAUGGUCGAUAAUGUUGCCCUGAUCGCAUCGGCCUUGGGUAGGUCUUCCACAUACCGGACAAUGACAUGA